ACCUGCGCGGGAAUAAAAGCAGGAGGGAGGAGGAGGGAAACAACAAAAUGGCGUUUGGUGAAGAAGACGUUAUUGUAGUUAUUGCCGUGCGACGUCCCUAUUCCCUGCACACAGGUACACAUAUAUCGUUGGAUUAAGCAAAGCGUGUAAAUACAUGUAUGUAUUCGGAUACUUUAGUCUGAGCGUACGUUGGCGCUUCUUGUGCUAGCUCAGGUCGGCUAGUUAGCUUAGCUCGUUAGCGGCUAACAAAGAGAGGCGAAGGUCGCUUGGCAGUUAACAAGUGGGAGUGCAAAGUGUUGUGAUCGUGACAAAAUGCGCGAAAGAACGGCAGUAAAGCACGAGGAGGAAGUUUCUCCAACAAAAGAUGAGAAGCAGCGACAACAUGAAGGACUGGACGAUGUUUGCAAGAAGCAUCACUUUGUGUCGCACACAACAGAUGUCCAGCAGCCCCCUCGUUUUAAAGAGGAAGAUCCACAUUCUCUUACGGUGAAAGAGAAAAAGGAGGAACCACAGCCCGCCCACAUUAAAGAGGAAGAGGAGGAGCUCUGGAUCGCUCAGGAGGGAGAGCGUCUUCUCGGGCAGGAGGAGGAUGAUCUCACCAAGUUUCCACUGACUGGUGUCCCUGUGAAGACUGAAGAGCGUGAAGAAAAACCACCUGUGUCCUCACAGCUUCAUCCUACUCCAAGUAAGCAGAACAUUCAGACGUCUGUGAAGAACAUUUUCUCCCUGAGCAGCAGGAGUGGGCUUUAAUUACGGAGCAGAAGGAGCCACAGCCCCAAGUCAUUAAAGAGGAAGAGGAUAGGUCCCAGGCAGCCUCUAUCAAGGAGGAAGAUGAGGAUCACGGCAUCAGUGAAGAAGUGGAGGAAGUUGAUGUCACUCAAUUCCCAUUGACUGUCAUUGUGAAGAGUGAAUAUGAUGAGGUCAAAGCUGAAAGUGAGGCGGAGCCUCCAAGGAGCAGCUCAAGUCAACACAUGGCAACAGAAGCCGAGGGAAACCACUGUGGAGGAUCACCAGCAGACACGUUCUUAGCUCCACUAUCAAAUAUGGACGACACGAUGUCACACUCUCAUGAUGCAGACUCUAAAGCUGAGAAGACGCACUUGAAAUGCCCUCACUGUGACAAAACCUUUAGCUACAGAUGCAGUCUGAAAGUACACACCAGAAUACACACGGGCGCCAAACCCUUUUCCUGUUCAAUCUGUGGCAAAGGUUUCAUACAGAACACUAAUCUGAAAAUACACAUGAGAACACACACGGGGGAAAAAACAUUCGCCUGCUCGUUUUGUUGUAAAAAAUUCUCUCUGAAGCAAAAUUUGAUACGACACAUGCGAGUGCACACCGGCGACAAACCCUUUCCGUGUUCGAUCUGUGGCAAAUGCUUCAUACAAAAUAGCGAUUUGAAAGUACACAUGAAAACACACACUGGAGAAAAGACGUUCACGUGCCCGGUUUGUAGUAAAGGAUUUUCUCGGAAGCAAAAUUUGAUGAGACACACAAGAACGCACGAUUGUGAAGAAACUUUUGUCGGUUGAGUCCGGAGUAAACGUUUUUGUCUGGUUCAAACAGCGAACUAUCUAUUAAACAAGACAAGAAGCAAAGGAAUCAAACAGAGACAGGAUUUAAUUUAGCGCAUGAGGAGAAAGGUCUGGGGCUGCACACUCAGCUACAGCCUCCCACCACGCUCCUUCUUUAUUUCUGCAUUUUCUGAUUACGUUACGCAGCUGCUCCUAAGGAGAGGGGGUUCAAAAACAAUUAAAAAAAAGGUGCUUGGAGCGCUGUCAGGUUUUCCCCCUGUAGCAGCCCAGUAUAUCAAAGAAACUGACACCUCCACGUCACAUUCCAUCGCACACAGUGGAGCUUUACAAGCCUUUUGCUUGAUAAGAUCAAAGUCAACUUCUGUCUUCUCUCGACCUGAAGUCAUGGGAACACAAAGUUGUGUGAUAACUUAUAUACAAUUACUCUGACAGUUUUGCCCAAAAUCCAAAUCUGAAAUGGUACACUGGGGGAAAAAUCCUAUUCCUGUUCAGGCUCCAUCAAAAAUGUUUGUCAACAAUCAAAUCUUGUAACACACGUGCGAAUACACAAUGGAAAUAAACACUGUUGGGAAAGUGUUGAGUUGCAAUUUGUGUGGUGAAAGAUUCUCCUAUGAUGUUAACUUUUUAACAUCAUUGUGUGUGCAACCCAAUAUUAUUUUGCUCCUAUAACAGAGGUCCAUCAUGAGCCCCCAGUGGAUAGUGGAGGGUGUGUCAGUCGAUCGCCAGCCAAGCUAGUAAUCACUUUCGUAACUUGAUUGACGUUCACGACACCCCAGGGUCUUGUGAGAUUAUUAAGAAAAAAUGACCGACAAGAAGGCGAGAAACUUUUCAUUUUGACAGACUAUUGCGCCGUACCUGCCGUCAAAACUCUAAAGACGGACUGCACAGUUCCUGUAUUCACAAUAAAACCGCAGUUUCUUCCUGCCUGUGCUAACAAAACAAGAGUCUCAGAAAGCUGCCGCGCACGAGCUAGCCAGCUAUGGGGUUUUGCCGCCAAUGUAUUUCUUGUAAAGUGUUAAAAAAGGAGUAUGGAAGCUGGACACAUAGGAUGGCAACAGGCAACCACUUUCAUGUGGUGUUGGACAGAAAAGAAGGCUUUUUUUCUCCAUUUGAAAAUGUGGACGUUAUUGUCAGGUUCAAACACUGAUGACAUCUAUUAAACAAGACAAGAAGCAAGGAAUUAAACAGAGACAGAAUUAAAUUUGACUCAAUUGAGGAGAGACGUCUAGGCUGUACUCUUUGUACAGUCUCACCACGCUCUGACGAAAGAUUGUACACCUCUUUUAUUUGGACGUUCCCUCAGCUGUUUCUAAGGGAGGGGGGUCGUCAACAGCCAUCACCUUUGAUUACAAAACAGUUCAAAGAAAAGGUCGUCUGGAGGGGCUGCUUCCUCUCUGCUUUGUACUUCUCGGGUCAAGACCAAAUCUUUCUGUGGAUUACAAUACAUCAAAGAUACAGAACACCUUCAUGUUGCUUCCCAUCCUACACGGUGGAGUUUUACAAGCCUUCUUGGUAGGAUCAAAGACAGCUUUUGUUCUCUCGCCGGGAACUCAUGGCAACACAAUGUUUUGUGAUAACUUACAUACAAUUAUUCUGAAAGUUAUCACCACUACUGUCUGAUUCCAAUCCAUGCAAGUCAUCACAAUCAGCUAAUACACCAACUUAUAUUCUUGUAUUCAAUGAAGGAAUGUUAAACAUGCUUGUAUUAUCAUUAAACACAUUUAAAUAGUUAACAAAAACCUCGCUUUCAUAAAUAACUACAUAUAAAUGAUAUACUGUAUAUGAAUGAUGACUUGGUCAAUUGAAAAGUGGCUCGCACCGUUAUUCUAAAACAUUUAUAAAGUACAUGUUUUCAGUGUUUAUUUCAGUUAAGUACACAUGAGCUAAUAUAAGCUGUUUUUUCCUACUUAUUUUUAGACUUGUAGGAAUGUUGUAUUGUGAAUAUGUGACACACAUACACUGUAUCAGUAUGAAUGUUGGAAAUACACUAAAGAGGAGUCAUUUUGAACCAAAUGUCACCCUGUCAACUAAAUAAAGAACAUUUCAGCCUU